UAAUAUUUAUUUUUUAAUGUUGAUUAUUUAGUUGUUUUUUAGACCCAAUUGUGAUCAUUAAAUCAUUAAUUGACAUGUUAUUGUUGACAAAGAUUUAAACUAUAAUGAGUUCCAAGGCUAUAAUAGAAGCUGAUCGAAUUCUUUACCUUGUCGACGUAACGUUAUCUUAUUCUGCUGAGCCAAAUUGUUAUGAAAACAAGAAAAGUUCUCUUUAUAACAAUGUAAGUCUGAUGAAUCGAUCCGAAAAUCAGGUUAUUAGUGAGGAUGAUUUGUUUUUUUCAAGUUGUCAAAGUGAGGAUAAAAAAAAGAGUCACAGUAAAAAAGACUUCAAUGUGAUGCAACAACAGAAUCAUAAUAGUCAUGGUUCUUUGGUUUUAGAUAGAAAAACAAUGGCCAAUUAUAAAAUACCUUAUAUGUUUCAUGACAAUAUACGGACUAAACAAAUAUUUGAAAAUAAACUACAGACCAAACAUCUAGAAUUAAUGAGAAAACAAAAAACAAACAAAGAAAGUAGUAUAAACAGUAUUAUGAAAAAAAGUAGUUGUAUUGAUAGAAAUAAAUAUUUAAAAAAUAAUAUGUUCAAUUCUUUUGAUUCACCAAAAAUGUUUAUGCUAAAAAACGAGGCAAAUUUUUACAAAAAUGUGAUAAAGCGAUGUCGAAUUAUUUUGCAAGAACCGAUUACUUUAAAGGUUCGUCAAAAAGUCCAAAAAAUUUAUUUAAACGCUCUAGAACUUUACGUUAAGUCAAGGAAUAAACUGCCCUUACCAAGUAACCAUACACCUGAAAGCGAGAAGAAAAAGAGGUUUUCCGCGUGUGACGUAAAGAUUAUAUGUAGCGCUAAAAAAAUUGCUGAGAAAUUAAAAGUCUAUUGCACGUCGUCUAUUUUAUCAAAAAUUCAUUUUAUGAACGUGAAAAUGCUGUUGGAAAAAAUUACUUACUUCAAAUUUAAUUUGAAAUCAAAAAAAAAAGUUCUCAAACAAUAUUUACUUGAAUUCUCAUCUUUACCGCCUACGAUAGAAUAUUCGUUUUUUCCACAUGCUGUUAUUACAAAAUGUUAUUUGGACAUUUUACAUUCGCUGCGCCUUUUUCAGAAAUGCGAAUCAUUAUUAGCAUCAGAAUUAAAACGUCGAAAUUUGAAAGCAUAUGCGAUUAUGAAGAAUAUUCUAAUAACUAAUCAGAGUUCAUCAUCAGAUAAUAAUAUUUAUUCAAAAACCAUGUCAAACAUUUUGCUAAUUUCUCGCCAUUUGUCGAAAGAUCUCCUAAAUAAUGACAAUACCCAACAAAAACGUGAAUUUUUUCUGCAAAAUGAUGACAAAACCAUUAGUUCUCUGAAAACUUCUUCUGCAUCUGUUAACAUAUCUUUUUUGUUAAAGCAUUUAAAGAAUGAUAUUGCAACAAAAGUGAAACCACCUUCCAAGAAAAUUCAAAAAAACUUUCGGAUUACAGAGUGCAGCAAUCAAAAUGAUUUGUGUAAUGACAGAAAAUUACUUAGUCCGAUAAAUGAAACUUUGAACGAAAAGAAAAACAAUGAAGUUGAUAAUAUAAAAGAUUGUAUUAAGUUACACGCUAGGCAAAAGUAUGAUGUUGUUCCAAAGUUUUUUGGAAAAGAAAAACAUAAACAAUCACCUGAAAAAAAUGAUACAUUGUUAAAAGAUGAAGAUGUUGAUUUAGUAAUAAAAACAGGAAUGUCAAUUGAUGAAUACUCUGAUAACCAUAGUGGAUUUGAUAACCAUAGUAGAUUUCAACAAUCACAAUGUAACUCCAACGAAUAUGAUACGUCAUGUGUUUCAAGUUUUAAAACUAAUUACAGUCCCCAUAAGACAACCUAUUUAACUCAAAGUCUUAAAAACGAAGAAACUUCUUUUAGCAAUGCAAACUCUUCAACUUAUUUAAAAAAAGAAAGUGACAACCUUAAUAAUACAAGUUUUAUUAUUAAUCACCAAAACUGCUUUAAAAAAAAUAUUAAAAAGAAACCUGCAUUGAUAAGAGAGUCGAUUGCAAGUAGCUUUAAUAGCCAACUUCAAUGCAAGCAAGAUUCGGAUAUAUUGAGUAAUAAAAAACCAUUUAACAAUCAAAACAUUCUUUCAGAAUUUUUAGUAAACGAUAAAAAUACUGAAAUCAAAAAUCUAUCAUACGAAGAAGAAUCUUUUCGGCAAAGAGUUCUUCAAAUUGAUAACCUUCGAGAAAAAUUGGAAUCAUUACAAAAAGAGGCGGAUUUUAAUGUUUAUACUUAUGAUUCCACUGAAACUUAUUCAAAAACAGAUCGUGUUACCUUAAAAUUACCAUUGAAAUCUUUUAUAGUCUUAUGCAACUCUGUUCCGAGCCCCAAUAAUAUUAAUUUAUUUCUUCAAAGUAAGGAAGAUGAUCAAAAUUUUAAUAAUAACAUAAUUAUCGAUAGUGUAAUUAAUGAAACCGAAAAUAAUACUAAUAGUGACAAAACUACAAUAUAUCAUUCAAAUAACAAAAAUAUAUUAUCCAAAGAAAAAGAAGAAAAAGAAAAAGAUGUAAAUUGUAAAGAAGAAAGUUCUAUUUUUUUAAAUAACAAUGAAACAAUAACAAACAAAAAAGGUAUUAAAACAAAAAGUUUUUCUAUUGAAGAUAUUGAGAAAAAACAGGAAAAAACACACAAUUUAGGCAUUAAUUCGGAAGAAAUUUCACCUUUAAUUUCAACUUUUGUUUCAUCUUUUGUUUCAUCCAUUGUUUUGUCAGCCGCUUCGUCCGUCUUUUUCUGCAAAAAAAACUGCCUAGAUAAUAAAGAGGAUACAAUAAACUUAAGAAAUGAAAAUGUUGAAAUAUAUAAGGAAGAUUGGUUUCCGAAAUCCCCUCAAAAUCUAUCUGGUGUUUAUAUUGAAAAAAAAGAGGUUGAGGAAAUAAAAUGCGCUUCAUCAGAGACCACUAAUAAUGGUUUGUUAGAAUCAUCAACACCAAAGGAUUGCGAAAUAUUUUUAGAUAAAAAGCAACAACAACCUAAACGCGAGUUUAAAACUCAAUCUAGUUUUCCUGACAUAUCAGGCGAGGAAUUAUCCAUAGAAUUGCAAAGUGUGAAGAACUACGAAUCGUGCAAAGAAUUAUGCGAAGAAAAAACAAAAACCAAUUUUAAUCAAAAUGAAAAUAAAGAAGAAAGUAACAACAAUUUAAAUAAGAGUCAAAACAAAAAAGAAGAAAAGAGCAACAGCAUUUUGAAGAAAAGUCUAAACAAUAAAAAAGAAGAAUGCGACGAUAAUUUAAAAAUUAAUAACUUUAAAUUAAGGGAAGAAAAAGUAAAAAUUUUUGAAUGUAAAGAAGAAAACGAAAAGAAAAGUACUUUUACUCAGUUUGAACUUAUCAAUAAAAAACAAAGUAUUGAACAAGACAAAAACUUAUUUCAAAUCGAAAACGAAAUAACAGAAACAUUUUCUAAUCGCGAUAAAUAUAAUGCAGUUAAACAAGAUAUUUUUAAGAAUAAAGUGUCAAAUAUUCUUAAAAAACUUCGAAUUGCCAAAAAAGCGGCAACCAAGUGGAAAAAAAAAAUUAAAAAUAAAGUCAGCAGUGAAGAAACCUUUUCAUCUUCGUUUCAAGCUUCUAAAUUUAGAUACGACAAUAACACUGUAAUUCCAGAUUCCUUGUUAAGGGUAACGCAUCCACGUGUUAUUGACAACACUACAUUAAAUAGUGAACCAUACAAAAAAAGUGUUGAUCCACUAAAUAGUGAAACGUGCAAAGAAGAUGACAACACUACAUUAAAUAGUGAAUCAUACAAAAAAAGUGUUGAUCCACUAAAUAGUGAAUCGUGCAAAGAAGAUGCACAAAACACAGAUUUUUGUUCAAUAAUAUUUGAUUCUAUAGAAUCAAGUGUUAAAUCAUCAACGCUUAAAGAGUGGUCAAAAGAAAUAGAAUCGGGUUUAGGAAUUUUUUCUUAUAAAACAAGUUCAAGUUUGAUUGCGUACACCGACACUUAUGCUAGCAUAGAAAAUACCAAAUACACAGUGUCAAAUAACCUAGUUAACGAUGAUAACGUGUCAAAUAAUAUAAUUCCGAAAAAAUGUUUAAAUGAAAGAUUACAAGAACAUGCACUAACAAGUUUUCUUGAAAACUUUGAAAAUACUGAUAAUAAAACAUGUGCUUUUAAUGAUAUUAAAAAAGAAAAUCUACAUCAUACUAUGCCAGAAUUAAUUCACCAUAAAGAAACAAGUUUAAAAAAAGCAAAUUUAAGUAAACAAAAUAGUUUUUCAAACUGCAACAAUGCUUUUGUGCCAGAAAAGCAGUCAAAUCAGUCAUCCAGACUAAGAGAUCUGGAAACCACUACUAAAAACUCUUUAAAAAAUUUGAAAACUACUACUAAUGAAGUAUUGUCGAACAAAAACUUUAAUUUUGGAGCAAAAUGGAUGUCAAAAUUUGACAAUUUUAUGGAAGAUUCAAAGGGUUCUCCUAAAAUUGUACCGUUUGAAAAGUCUUGGCAAACAUUUAAUCAGGAAUCUUUAAAUAAGCCAUGGCAGAUUUUUAAGGAUGAUUAUUUGGAGGAUACUUGCAAGACCUUUAAUGAUGAAAGCGACGUUUUAAAUGAUGAGUUAAAAAAUUCGAAUUUAAAUUCGAAGAAAAAAGAGACAUCGGACCUUACAACCCAUAGUUACUUUUCAGAAAACACAAACACUGAGUAUGUACAAGAUUUUGUGAAAAACGUAAUUGUAAACUCUUUGAAACAAGUAUUUGAUAAUGUACCCAAUAAUUCUUUUUUUAAUUCUUCAGAACAAGAAUCGACAUGUUUUAUUAACAAUAUUUUUGAAUCGCAUGUUACAAAUAAAAAUGCAACAAUAACAACAACAACAGCAACAACAACAGCAAAAUCAACAACAACAAGUGUCGAUAAAAUGGUGGGAAUUGAAUUAUCUACUACAUGUCAAUACAUUACAGAAAAUGAAAAUAAAUCUCAACUAAAUGUUAUGGAAGAAAACCAAGUUUUUGAAGUUGAAAAAUUUCUAAGAAACGAAGUUUUUGAUCCGAUUCUAAAAAAUGAAGCAAAAAGCAACAAGUUUGAUCUAUUUGUUCCAUCAAGUCAAGAUAAUCGAAUCGAAACCAAAAAGUCAAGAUUAUUAAGUAAAGAUAAUGGUAGUUUAAAUGCUUCCGAUGUGUCAGACACCAUUGGUGUAGCAUUGCAAAAGAAUAUACACUUUAAAGCAGCUGACGCAUGUAGCUUUUUAGACUCUAAAGUCACUAGUGGUGAGAUAGAAAGUUGUCAUGGCGAUGUAAAAAAAAUUGUUCUCAUUGUGAAAAACAAUCUUCACGAAAAGCUUAUUUUACCUGAUUUUAUUAUUGCAUCCAAACCUGAAAAAAAGAUCUUUUCUGAAAUUGAUCAAGAAACGUCAUCUUCACAAAAAAAAUUUGUUUUAUUAAAUAGUGAAGAGGAUUGUGAUGACUUUAAUCGUGACUUUAAUGGCGUUAAAGAUAAAUCAAAAUGUAAAGAUUUAUUGAUAUAUCAAGAUUUAUUGAAGACAAUAGAUAUUGAACCGAUUAAAACUUUUUCAAAAACAAACAGCAGCAUUGGUUUAUUAAAAGAAACUUUUAAUGAAAAUUUAUCAAGCAACUUUGUUAAUCACAAAACAAGUGAGUUUGAAAAAAAUUAUCCAGCGCAAAAUUCAAUGACUAAAAAAUCAAUAAUAAUAGCAAACAGCGAUUAUUUAAACUCUUAUGAUAAUCUAGAUUAUGACGUUGAAAAAAAAAUAACUUCACCUGCACCAAAAUCUAUGCAAUCAGAAGAUUUGUUUUUUACAAGCAGCUGUUUUCCAAACAUAAACAGUUAUCAAAAAAACUUUUUUGAAGUUCCUUUGACGUCAAAUGAUUCGCCAACGGGUAGCUUCUCGACAAACAACUUUCAGACAAAUGAAUUGUCCAUGAAUGUUUUAGCAAAAGAUGAGGAAGCUAUUGAGUUUAGCCUAUUGUUUACAGAAGAAACUGAAGUCAAUGAGCUCAAUAAACAAAUUAACUUUGUAAAAAAACAAUUUUACAACGAUUUUUCAUCCAGUUUUAAAUUUAAGAGUAUAAAAGAUGAUGAAAGUUUAUCUUUGGAUGCUAAGCUUGUUCAAUCAGAAAGUUUAAAAAAUGAAUUCAAAAAAAGUCAUGAAAGUCAACUCAAAAUUAUAGACAAUCAAAAACCUACUCUUUCGGAAACAAUUUUAAAUAGAAAUGGAUUUAAGGCAUUAGAAAAAACGUUACAUGAUACAUUGGAAGACAAAAAAGAAGUAAAUAAAGAUUCUUAUAAAGAAAGCAAUGAAAAGAUAUUAAAAACAAGUAAAAAAAAACCCGAAGAUAAUAACAACAGUUUAUCAAAAGUUUUUUCUCAAAUCACUCCGUCUGAUUCUUUAAAAAAGUUUUCAACUUGUGUGAUAAUAGACAACGGAUCAGGAUCAGUUAAAUGCGGUCUUUCAAGUUUUGACUCUCCAUUAGUUAUUCCGUCACUUGUUGGAAGAUCUAAUUAUACGAAAGUUUUACCUGGUGAUUUAAAAUCAGAAUGGAUUGGAAACGAUGCUCAAUUACAUAGAGGAAUAUUAAAAUUGUCGCAUCCUAUAGAGAGAGGAGUAAUUAAAGACUGGAUUGAUAUGGAAAAGGUUUGGGAGUAUGCAUUUAAAGUCGGCGGUAUUUUUCCGGAAGAACACCCCAUCUUUAUUUGUAAUGCACCAACCAUAUCCAAAAAACAACAAGAAUGUAUUAUGGAAUUAAUGUUGGAAAAAUACCAAUCGCCAGCUUUUUAUAUAGCGCCACAAGCUGUAAUGUGUUUGUAUGGUUGCGGAAGAAUCUCAGGAAUUGUUUUGGAUGUUGGAGAUCAAGUUGCAUAUUCUGCUCCGGUUUACGAAGGACACGUAAUUGGUCAUUCCUCACAACUCUUAGAACUUGGGGGGAGAGAUGUUUCUACAAUGCUUAAAACAUUGUUGUCAGCUGAAGGAAAACUAUUUACCUCAUGUGCAGAGUUGGAGAUUUGCAGGGAAAUUAAAGAAGCACAUUGCUUUGUAAAAAGAAAGCAAAUAAAAAGUUUUGAACGAUUGUCAGGAGACAUCAAAUACCAACUUCCUGACGGCCGUUACAUUAGUUUGGAUUCCGAAUGCUACAAAGCGCCUGAACUUCUUUUUAGACCAGAUUUAAUAGGUUUAGAUUGCCCUGGAAUUCACAGCUUGAUCUCUAAAAGCAUUUUAAAGACAGAUAAAGACCUUAAAGAACUUUUAUCAAGCAAUAUAGUUCUUGCAGGUGGAACGACAAAGUUAGUUGGAUUAGAGCAAAGAUUACUCGAUGAGCUAACUUUAACAGAAAAGCUUCAGAAUGUAAAAAUAUUAAAACCUGGGGAUACAACAACAUGCGCUUGGGAGGGCGCCAAAAUAAUAUCAUCACUGACAACAAUGAGUCAGUUGUGGAUAACUGCUGAAGAAUACACGGAAUACGGCAAAAACAUCUUGCAUACAAAAUGCUUCUAAGAAUUAUUUCACGGUUACUAUAUUAGAAGCGCUUUAAACGAGUUUCUCUCCAUAAAUUGAAUCAGAUCGAUAUUAGUCAGUAGGAUAAUUAUUAACAACAUCCGAAAAAGUUGAAAAAAAGAUUUGAUAUUUACAAUUGUAAAUAUAAAGUAUAAAAAAGUUUUACAUGAUAAUUUAUGGGUUUCUACAAUAAUCUUGAUAAAACAAUGUUGUAAAAUUAUUGUAAAUUAUUUAUGAAAAUGUUUUUUUGU